AUGGCUGACUCGAUAACAUUAACAGUAACGACACCAAUAAGAACGACAGAAGAUUCUAUACCAAUUAUUAUAUCGACAACAACCUUAGAAGAUCAGUAUGUUUCGGGCGAGGAACGGUUGGACGCGAAUCAGGAUAGAUGUUGGGGUGACUCGUCAAAGGGCGAAGCAUUCGUGCCAGAGGAGAUACUAGCCGUCAUAAAAGAGACGCCUGAGAGAUUUACAAUACACGGCAAAGCUGCUCAAAGCACUGAGGAGCUGGAUGAUGAUGGUGAUGCUGCAGACACGUCCUCAUCAAGCUCUCCAUCCACUCCCGAUGAAUCGCUUCUCCUCUCUCCUUUGAUUCGGAGAGUCGCUGGUCCGGUUUCGUAUGCGGAAGAUAUGUUUCUUGUGGCCUUAUCAACUCCCACACCCCGACUACACAAUCUCUCACGGGCGGUAACCCCACGGUCCCCUGUACCCCAGUCAGAGCUCUCUCUCGCUCGCAAUAUCCCCCUACCACUAUCGCCGCUGAUUGGGUCGCCCCAAAAUCCAUCAGACCUAACUAUCGCGUUCAACAUUCCACUCCCUAUGUCACCUACCCAAGAACUUCCAUCCUACGAAUUAUCCGAGCUAUCCGUUGCUCGCAACAUCCCAUUACCACUUUCUCCUCCAGUCAUUAACUCAACUUUCCCCUCAUCAUCCCCUACUUCAGCCACGAUCUUGCCACCGAACUUGUUGACCAUGGCAACCAGCCUCGUUUCCCCGGGGUCGUCAUCGUCCCCACUCCUCGAUGUAGUUAUUCCUCGCAUGCAGGAAGAAGCAUUCCGGCUAUUCUUCGAGACGCCUAUGGUUCCGCCUGCGGAAACGUUAGGCACUGUCCAACCUAGCGAGGUGUGGAUCAAGGAUACACCUAGCGAGCCUCUCGCAGAUGUGGAUCAGGACUGCGGUGAAACUUCUGUCGAAAUCGGUCGAGGAACGCUCCGUGAAGCAUUCGCAGCAUCUCCAGGUUCUCGUCCCGUCAAUCUUGUCCAAGAAACAUCAGUAGACUUCCUCGUACCGAUAGGAGGAGAUUCUUCCAUGUCGAUCUCUAUCCCUCACCCAUCAUCUAUGACCGCCUCCGAUAUCUCGAUGUCCUCGCUACUCAACACCGCAUUCCCCUCGACAAUGUCGCUUAACACGGACUCCAUGGACUCACUCGAAAUUCUUCGCACUCCCGUUCCCCCGUCUGACUCUUCCCACUCUUCAUCUGACAUGCAAGUUCCCACUAUUGCUCAACUACUCGAGCAGACAGCUUUCACCUUCACGUUCCCACCAAUCACCCGGACGGCUACCCCUCUGCCUCAGGCAGGCCAGACAAAUCUGCCUGCUCUUCGAUUAUCAGAGAUUAUCCGCCCAGACGCUUUCUUGUCCUCUCCGCAGUCUGAGAACCCUUCCCGGCUUCCUUCUGCAGUUCCCUCUCCAGCCCCGAUUCGACCACCUGUCAGCCUCGCGGACAAGUUAUUUGGCCUUUCGCUGCCGCAGGCCUUCUCUUCACCCGUAAAGCCGGUUCAACCGGUCACCAACCGUACAUCGAAGGCCGAGAUGCCUGAAGAACAAGGGUUUUCUUAUUAUAUACCAGAGCCACCAUCAACUCCGCGAAGGGCAACUUCCACCAUCUCAGCUGUACAGAAGCCAAAGCUCGCCAAACGAGCAGCUUCUGCGCCUGGUGAUAAAGAUGGUAGCAAAUCUGAUCACAGGCCGGAUAAAGAAAAGAAGAAAAAGCGUAAAGAGGAGGUGAAGGACCUCACUCAGCUCACAGACAAGGAGAACAGCGCGCCUCCAGCACCCCGUUUGACCCGCUCCACCUCAGCGAGGUCGAUCCAGCUUUCGACCAGAGUUGCAAGUGCAAUCGCUGCUACCGUUGCGGUGUCUCGUUCACCCUUGAAGCAAAUGGACGGCUCCACAGGUGGGCAGCCUAUAUCGCCUACCAGAACGUUGCCGCCGAAGUCCGCAAAGCCUAAUGUCUCUGCUAAAGCUCCAUCCACAUCCAAGCUACCAACUGCGUCGAAACCCAAGCGUUCUGGUCUUCCUGUUCCAAGCACCAUCCCUCGUCCAACAACUGCGACGAAACUCCCAAUGCCUUCUUCGUUCAGGAACACAAGCUCGUUGAAGACGUCGAUGCCUGCACCUACGCUGCCUCAGAGAGCCAAUGUCCCCGUGCCGGCAACCCGUGUCCCAUCCCCUGCAAGGCCCCAACGCGGCCGCCUGGCCGAGUCUGCACCUAGGAUGGGAGUCUCCCCAGCCCCUCCUCUGUUCACAGGAGUCAGGAGCUUAGCGCCUGCUCCACCAUUCCCUUCCUUCGACUUCCGCAGCCCAUUCCCUACUGCCCCUUCGCCCGCGAUCCGUAACCUCGGUUCGCCAGUUCGUGUAGUGAAGAAUAGUACUACUCAAGAAGUACCACUGCGCAGGGUAAAUGUCAACCCGCUGACCGAAACCAAGAAAGGUCCUUCGCCUCCUACGUCCUCAGAGGUAGCCGCUCCUCCUACUUCAUCCUCAUCCACUGUGUCCGAAGCACCACCCGCCCCUGCAGCGACAGGGACCCGUGCCAUUCGUCGCAUGCCAGCUCGUCAAGCCAAAGUGGAUUCUCCUGUGCAGAAUGGCGCGAUAAGGCCGCCUGCUGCAAAGAGUCGGGUGGCGUCAAUGAAAAAGCUGUCAACUCAGCCCGGAUCGCGUCCGCCUGGACUGAGUGACGUGGAACUUCGACAGCUGACAGCGAAGAACACUAGGAAGAACGAGCAGUAUCAUUCGCAGAUGGACCUCGUCAUUAUCUAUCGUGACGAGCCUCGACCGCCUAGCCCAAGUUCCCGUAUUCGGACAGUGGCAGACAAGGAGAAGGAGGAGCGCAAGACCUCCAGAGAUGAGCGCGCAAAACGGCGGAAUAUCGCACGUGGCUCGAGCGACACAGAGACGGAGCUGCCGGAGAUCGUCGAGCUCCCUUUGAAGCACAUGCGUGGACCAGGGGACGAGGACGAUUAUGUUACCCCAGCGAAACGCAGGCGAGUCGAGGCAGGGUCACAAGCCUCAGACUCUGGCGAGGACUUGAAUGACUCGAAGGCUACGAAAGGGUCGCGUCGUUCGUCUGGUGCUGGUCGCAAGAGGCCUUUCAAAGCCGUGCGAUGGGACAAGGCUCUGGUUGUGAACAGCCAGCGUCCGCCCAAUUGCGGCCCUACUCAACAGAAAGCGGAUGGUGUGGCGCCUGACUAUCACCUGGACGUGAUGGGCAACAUCCCUGAAGCAGGUCAAGUACCGAAGGAAAUCGAGAAAGAGCGGAUCAAAGUGUCCAAGUACAUCUACAACGACGACGACGACGCAGACAGCGCAAAGACCACGAAACGAAGCAGGAAGGGCGAAUAG